AUGCCUCACUUCGUUGAGUCCAUCGAGUCGGCUAAAAAGCCAUCGAUGAAGCCAUCAAUAGACCUAAACGCGUUUGGCGUCACUCGCAACGCCUUCCUUCCUGCGGAGAGCCCUUUGGAGCUCCUUUCAGACUCAUACUAUGAGCCUUGGGAACACAUCGUGAAGCACCUACCUGAGCUGAUCGAUAAUGGCAGCAUACGAGAUGUUGUGGCCCAGCUCCCAGUCCUAGAAACGAGUCGCCUCAUAUCGGAAGCCGAGUGGCAAAGAGCCUAUGUCAUGCUAGGCUUCAUGGCACAGGCGUAUAUAUGGGGAGGAGACAAACCAGCAGAGGUUCUGCCACCGCAAAUAACGGUCCCGUUCCUCCUUGUCUCGGCCCACUUUGACCUUCCUCCUGUGCUCACCUACGCUGCUGCCAAUCUCUGGAACUUUGCUGGUUCCGGCAACGACUUCAUCCACCCGGAAGAUCUAAAGGUACUUUGUUCUUUUACUGGAACCGAGUCGGAGUCGUGGUUCCUGCUCAUCAGCGUGGCCAUGGAAGGCAGAGGAGCAGGCAUCAUUGAUACUAUGAUGGAGGCCAUCGCCGCCAUCCCCAGUCGAGACUAUGAGACCAUUAUCUGGGCCCUAGAGGAGCUCCGAGAGUGCAUCUUGGACGUUGGUAUCUUGCUGGAGAGAAUGUUUGAGCGAUGCGAGCCGAUGGUCUUCUACCACCAAAUCCGCCCUUUCCUAGCGGGCAGCAAGAACAUGGCUUCUUCAGGGUUGCCAAGAGGAGUGUUCUAUGACGAAGGCGACGGAAAGGGGCAGUGGCGAGAGCUUUGCGGCGGAAGCAAUGGGCAGAGCUCCCUCAUCCAGUUCUUCGACCUCGUCUUGGGCGUGGACCACAAAGGUAAUGCCACUUCGCCCUCGGCCGUCGUCGAGAAGAGCUACCACCAAGAGGUUCGGGAAUACAUGCCCGGGCCCCAUCGGAAGUUCCUCCAGCAUGUCACGAGCAUGGGAAGCAUCAGAGAAUUAGCUCUCCUUCCGCCGGAGACUGAUGAGCAACGGCGCCUGCAAGCGGCCUACGUAGCGGCAACGGAGGCACUUAGUGACUUCCGCAACAAGCACAUCAAGAUUGUAACGCGGUACAUUGUUCUACCGUCGAAGCAACCGUGGAAGGGGGCUGCAAGACAGAACCUGGCCAGCUCAUCAUCGGCAACUAAAGUCCUAACAGGUACGGGAGGAACACUUCUGAUGCCAUUCUUGAAGCAGGCGAGAGAUGAAACAGCGGACACAGGGCGACUAGAGUAA